CCUUAAUUCCGCUGCAGCGUUGCCAGUGGCAGGCAGUCCUUUCGCUGAAGAGUUCAGCCGUCGUGUUGUCGCCUUGCUCCUUUUCUUGGUUGUCGCCGUCGUUGUCGUCGCCGUCGCCAUCGUAGUUGUCGUUGUCGUUGUCGUGGUCGUUGUUGGUCUGUCACUGUAUUGUUGCCAGCAAAGAAAGGCAAGAGGAACCGAAAAUGCCACGAAAGAAAAUGUGGAGCGUGAAUGUGACAAUUGUUCAGCGUUAGCAACUUUUGACCCCGUGCGCAAUCAGGUCACCAUUGUUCCAUGGUAAACAGUGCUUGCCCAAAGAGCAGCAGCAAAUGUGUGCUGGUGAUUUGUGAUUGAAAAUGCGUAAUCCUCGCUCCGUUGUCAUCGUGUUCACCGCGUAACCUGAACCUUGACCUUUGUGAACUGCACGUGCUAAGGAUAGCAAGGAGAAGAAGAGCAGGAAAGAGCGUGCUGGUGAGAGAGGGAGAGCGCGAGGAAUAGCCAAGCAAAGCAAAAAAAGUGAACAAGACAAACAAAACUGUCCGUCCAGCAUUCAUUUUUCUACACACAUUUCGAAAGAACGUAAAUGUAAAGUGAAGAAAAACAGAGAGAAAGAGAGAGAGACCUCAAAACUGGCCAUUGGCAGGCCAAACACAUACACAAGCAAACCAAACACACAGGACACACAGGCCACACACGACACACACGCACGAACAUCCAGUGCUUUGCCGCAGUCAUAAAAUAAUCAAGAAGCAGCUAAAUCAGGCAAAAGCAAGACGACUGCAACGUGCUGAUGUUGACGAAACAUCUCCAUUGGGACGAAUAAAGCAAUUAGCAAAGGUUCAGGAUUGUUGCCACCACACUGCCAGGAGGUGGAGGAGGAGGAGGAGGUGGAGAAAGCUGAAGGAAGCUGUAGGAGAUUAAGGAUGCGGGAUGCGUGGGACUCGCAUUCGGACUCCGUGGAGUAUUUAGCCUAAUCGAGUGAUGCGAUGCCGAUGAACCGGAGCACAAAGAUGCAGGAACCUCCCUGCACUGGUCAGCUAUGUGCGAGAUAACGGGUCACCGGACAGCCAGGCAACCAAAGAGAAAGAAGCAAAAGCAGAAGCAACAGCAAAAGCAAACGAAACGAGAAAUCGAACUCUCCCUGUGAUAUAACUUGCACCGUAAUCGUAAUCUAGCUAUUAGUUAUCGUUAUCGAUCAGUAAUCGCCGCAAUUGUAAGCUAAGUUAUCGCACUUAUCGCCGCUCUGCUCCGCCGCCGCCACCGCCAGACCUGCGCCUAACAACUAAUAAUAUUAAUAAAUAUAAAUAAUACACCAAUAUAUAGUAGACUUCAAACCCGACCAAAAAUCGAGCUAAAACAUGGGAGACGAGCAGGACAAGCGCACCGGCAAGGAGAAGCUGCUGUUCUACACCACCGCCUUCUUCAUCCUGCUAGGCACCUUCAGCCUGUUCGCCUUCCUCUUCCUGGUGCCCUUCGUCAUCGAGCCCGCCUUCACCACGAUCUUCAUGCAGUUCGAAGAGGUUCCGGCGCUCUGCGAGACGUACGACACGGAGAUCUACUACGGGGCCAAGAACUGCUCGUGGUCGUCCUGCCGCGAAGGCUGCACCAAGGACAUCUACACGUGCACCCAGAUCCGGGUGAACUACCGCCUCAAUCUAUACAACUACACCGAUGAGUUCAACUUCACGGAGUAUCACAUUAAUCUCAAGGAGUCGGAGCGCAUCCUGCCGCCUGUCAAGCGAACGGAUCGCUAUGAGAGAGCUCUGAGGAGCGACUAUGAGUACGAUAAUCUGGGCGGUGGCACCGGCCUGGACAUCGACCUAGGCGGCGGCCGCCUGGAGCAGCUUAAUUUUGGGGAUGCCGACGGCUCCAAUGGCUACCUCAUUGAGGAUUCGGAGGACACACGCGGUCUGAGUGCCUCGGGAACCCUCAUCCCGGACGAGCGGAGGCCCUUCGACGAGAUCUCCGAGCUGAACGAGGGCCUCAUGGGAAACCGCUCCAUGUACUACUAUGUGGGAGCCAGGCUUUUCCCUAACGUAAAGGGCUGUGGCUACCCGCCAAUGCUCAACUGCACCAUCUGGCUGAAGAGGUACACCAAGAUCGGCAUGAAGUUCCCCUGCUACUACUCGAAGGUGGACCCGAGUCUGGUCAUCAGCGACCUGGACUACUGGCAGAACACCCUUAAUUUGGUCUACUCGAUGGCCAUUCCAAUACCCUCGUUCAUCAUUUCGGUGAUUUAUCUGACGUACGCCUACUUCAAGAUCUACAACGAGGACGAGGAGACGGCGCCGCUGGACAAGAACGCCGAGGACAUGGACAUCGAUGAUAUCGAUGCCGUGGAUGACAGCGAUGGGGCUGUGCUGGCGGACAAUGUGGCCGGCAGCCAGAUUAUCAACAUGGACUCCACCACCAACGAUAGUUGUCUGGAGGGUGUCCUGCCCAACGGCGGUCCCGGUAUGACCGCAUCCAUAUCUCAGGGCGGCUCUGUCACCACGCCCGGUCCGUACAUCGCGCAGAGUCCGGCGGGCUCGCAGAUGACGCCCAACUCGGAGAUCAACUCGUUCGGUCACCAGCUGAAAGUCCAGAUGGCCGACGAGCUAUCGAGGGACUCGCUGGAGAACGGAGUUAUCUCCACGUCCAACUCAGUGCAAGGAAACUUGAGCAAGACGAUGACGACGAGUAUCUCAACUCCUCCUGGGCCGACGGCGGCAGUCUGAAACGUCAGGCGCAUGGUCUGGAAAAUGUUAGAUUCCGAUUCGGAAAAUGAGCCGCUGCUGGAUUCGUAGGCCGCCGAGCGGCCAGCCACGGGCCACAGAGCAGGCGGAGAUCACCGGAGCAGAGACCCAACCCGAAAACAGAACUCAUGAGAUAACCGUGAAGCGAUAACCCCAAGUAUUUCUACCCGAAACAAUCGACAACAACGCAGCGAAUGCGACCGAACCUGAAUACCUUCAGAGCUGUUAGCGGCACCUAAUGAACUAUGAUAGAUUAUAUUUACCUUAUGAACUAGCUACUCGGACUCACACCUACACUCACACUCACCCACAUGAAGCACGCUAGAUAGCCGGAGUAACUCCGGACUGCCACACCCACUCAAAAUUGCAAUACACGGGCAUUAUAGUAUGUGCACAGUAUCUGAUAUCUGGAGGAUCUUAGGCGAUUGGUACAAAUACAAUAAACAUAGGCCGCAUGGACUCGAGCAUGGAGUGCUAUUCAUAUACCUAGAGGAAAAACUAUAUUACUUAUACACGCAUAUACAAAUAUUUACUUGAAUUAUUUUUCUAUUCGCAACAAUCGUCGUCGUCUCGAGGCAGAAACACAGAGAAACUCAACCACUACCCAUUUGCCCAACAUCCAAAAACCAAAUUCCAAAUAGAGCAAAUAAAAGCAAAAAAAGGAGAUAAA